CAUUAUAUUUACUAUUAUUGUCAUUAUUACUAUUUUUUGUAUGAUUAUAAUUAUUGUUAUUCAACGGAGUAAUUAUCAUUCAUCAGUGUUUCUUCUUGUCAUUUUUCAUCAUUGUGUUGAAACAAUCAAACAAACAUCAAAGGUCAGUCAGAUAUUAUUACAUCUUUAUGAUCUGUAAGCCUGAUAUGCAAAUAAUCGUUCCAGAAGUCUGCAUGAGCUGCACGUCUACAGUCACCGACUGACAGAGAGGAUCAGAGAAGAGACGAGGAUGGACAAACUUCUUCUGAGCAUCGUCGUCGUGUCAGGGCUGUGUGCCGUCUCAUCACCUGCUGAACGUCGCUACCAUUUUGUUUAUGAACCGAAGACCACGACUGAAGCACAGCGUCACUGCAGAGAGACAUACAGCGACCUGGCCACCAUACGGGACAUGGAGGACGUGAACACCCUGAACACAAUGGUGCAUUCAAGCCAAAUGGUGGACGACAGCUCUCAAGCCUGGAUAGGACUGUACAAUGACGUGGACAGCUGGAGGUGGUCACUGUCAAACACAAGUUUCUACAAACCCGGAGAGAUGGAGUUCAGACGAUGGAGUCCUCGACAACCGGACAACAACUACUACGGUGAAGAAUACUGUACAUAUAUGUAUACAGAUGGGUACUGGAACGACUACCCUUGUGUUCAACGCUUUAAGCCAGUCUGCUUCGAUGUCAGAGGACUGAAUGAGACAUUUGUCCUCAUUAACAACACCAUGACGUGGACUGAGGCCCAGAGCUACUGCAGAGAACACCACACAGACCUGGCCAGUGUGAGAAACAUGACAGAGAACCAGAAGGUCCUGAAUCUGGUACCCUCAGGAGAAGCAGUCUGGAUCGGCCUUUUCAGAGAUGGAUGGAAGUGGUCUGAUGGAAGUGACUCCUCGUUUAGAAACUGGAAAACUAAACCUAAUGGUGUCUCUAAGACUUGUGCAGCAGCAGAUUUUAGUGCCAAUGGACAAUGGGAGGGCUUGAACUGUGACGUCACGAGAGCGUUCAUUUGCUACAGUGUUGCUCCUGUUUCAAUGCAAGUGAUUAAAGUGAGGGUGCAGAACAACAGCGCGUCUCUGGAUCUGAAUGACGCUGUGGUGAUGGAGAACCUCUUGAAGAAGCUCAAACAGAGGCUGAAGGACCAGGGGCUGAAUGACGACAUCAAGCUGAGCUGGAAGAAGCAGUCGGAUGGAAAAGUCUUCCACAAGGAAGAGAAGAAGACAAAGAAGAAGGAGACGUGUCCAAAUAAAGAUGAGCUUUAAUGGUGUUUGAGUCCACUCUGGUCAGAGGCUUCCUUUAUCCUCCUCCUCCUCCUCUUCUUCCUCUUCCUCCUCUCAAUGGUAGAAAGUACCAAAGUACCUAAGUACUGACCCUUUGCUGUGAAGUAACGUCUUUACAUUUCAUGCUACUUUAGACUGUUACUCCACUACAUUGAUCUGUCAGCUAUAGUUUCUACACUCUUAGAAAUAAAGGUUCCAAACAGGUUCUUCCUGAAGGGCUGAGGUUCUACCCGGAACCAUUUGCUUCUGAAGAACCUUUUCCUUCUUCAAGGGUUUUUGAAAGCAGAGGUGUUAAAAAAAGCCAGAAUUGUGCUGCACCACGUCAGCCCCGGUUCUUUAUAAACCUCACGAGGAACCCACAGUUAGUUCUAGAUGGAACCCGUGGGAUACAAAAGGGUUCCUGGUGGAGACACGCAGGUGGGAUCUUGUUUGCAACCUUAUAAGGUGGAAAUGUUCUGCAUAGAACCUCCAGAGAAGAUUUUGGGUGAAACUGUGACACCAUAUGAGGGUUCUCUGUGGAACCUUUGGGUGGAAACUUUCACAUAUGGUUCUGGGUAAAUCUCUUUAUACUUCAUUCUUGGUAGAACCCUCUGAAACGAGCUGAAGAACCCUCCAUGGUUCUAGUUAGCACAUUUGUUUCUAAGAGUGUAGUUUCUUUGCACACUUGGAUAUUUAAUAUAAAGUGUGUGAUGAGCUUAUUAAAUAUGAUGCUUUGUUUUGUAGAAUCUCAACCUGCUGCAGCGUUAAAAUGCUACUUACAUGUUAAUCAGUAAUAAUGAUCCAAAAACAUGUUUAUGAUAGUAUAGCUCUCUAUCAGAGUUCAUUCUGCAUCAUGAGGAGUGUUUCUCUUGAUCAUGAAGAACUUUGUUGUGUAAUUCUAAAAUGUAGGACUUGUUAUUUGUAGUGUUGUGUGUUGUCGUGGUGAUAAUGCUUCUUUUGCUUCAAUAAAGCAUUUGAAUCAGCUUCCUGUUUCACCACAGUUCUUCAUGUACUUCAGGUCCGAAUAGAGUGUGAUGCCUCUAACAGACAUAAAGUGUGGGGUCAAAAACAAGCCUCAAGAACAGCUUCAAUGCUGCUUUCCUCUUUUGAUUUCACUGAAGAUAUGAUUCUAUGUUCAAGCAGCACACUGAGUGAAGUCUUUAUUACUGAACUGACUUUCCACCUGAACUACAAUGAACUGAGCAACAUUUCUCUGGUCUCUGCUCCUCAUUGUUUUGUUCAUCAAGAACAAGAACGCACAAGUUCAUUUCUAGAGUA